AUGAGAAAGAUGGUCAAAACUUAUUUCGGUUAUGAUCCGGUCAAUGAUCAGUAUAAAGUGUUGUGCUUGACGGAAAACCUUGAUGAUAAAGUAUUCACACUCGGAGAAAGAGAAUCAUGGAGAGAGAUGGACUGUAGCAUUCCUCACCGUCAUCGGUCUGCCUCUAACGGUUUGUGCAUAGAUGGUGGUUUGUAUUAUCUUGCUCUAACGGGGGUAGGAUUGUUGCAAGAGAGCUUAAUGAGAUUUGAUGUGAGGUCUGAAAAGUUGGAUCUCUUAACUGAUUUACCCGCAGAUCUUAUAGGUCCACAUGUGUAUACUUUGAUAAAGUAUGAGGGGAAAGUAGCCAUAGCGACAAAAGAUUUUUUCGUACACACAUUUGAUGUGUGGGUUAUGGAAGAAGAUGGAUGGUUGAAGACAAGUUUCAGUAUCGAACCCUUAUUGUAG